AUGACACAGGAGCAGCUCGAAAUAUAUGUCUGGCACCUCCGCACGCUUGAGAUCACCAGCUUGCUCCGACUUCCGGAUUCGACUCUCGCGAGACGAGGCGAGGCGAGGCAAUCCCGCCGUAUCGCGUCUCCCGACCCAGAGUACGACGCAACCGGCCGCCGCACCAACACCCGUGUUCAACACCGCCGCCAUGCCCUCAUGGCUGAGAGGCACACCUGCAUCGAGGGCAUAAUCGCGGCGGUGUCUGGUUACCACACACCCAGCGACUACCGCCGCCUGACGCGUUUCGUUGAUCGCCUGUUCAUCCCCAAUACCGAGCAUCCCGGCGUCAACUUUCGCUGCGCAGCGACUAUUUCCCUCCGCGGCCGGGGCUCUGUUAAGAAAGGAAGGGGCAACGUCCGACGAAGGGGGUCGGCACACUCCGAGGACGACAGCGGCCAGCCUCUUCAUGCUCUAAUUUCUGCUGACUCGAGAUACAAGGUUCAAGAGGCGAUACGGCUUUUGCAGCAGGUCGUCGGCAAUGCUAUCUCCUCGCCCGAGGAGCAAAACGAUCACAAGAACAAGCAGCUUCGGGAUUUGGCCAUUAUAAACGGCACGUUUCGCGACGAUGAAGCUCGUCAACGUACUAAUUCGUCUACCAGAGACGGGACAACACUUUAUGACACUUUAUGA